AUGUUCCAAGUUCCGUCCUUCAAAUCUCUCAAGCUCUUCUCCUGGGGCGAAAAGCAAGCUAUCAAUGUGCCCCCAGUCAAGAGCCAUGACCUCGAGAACGCCCAGGAGAAGAAUGCGAGGGCAUUGAAGCACCUGCUCAAGCUCAAUCAUGCAAAUCAUGCCAUUUUGUUUAAUAACCGAAAAUUCCAUAAUCAUGCUCCUCAUUUUCUCAGUGCCGCGUAUUUACUGGGCGCGGAUGCUGAUGAUCUGACUCGGGUCUAUGAAUCAGAGUCCAAAUUGCUGGUCGCAUGGGAUGACUCACCAGCGGAAGUCACCAAUGAGGAUUGGAAAGACCACUUGGGGCGACGAGAAUAUCAAAAGGCUUUUGUGGACUUCUUCGAAGAUGAAAUGGUCCGGCUUGGCUACGACUGGAAACAGGUUGUAGCGGAGUAUCUUUUUUCUGGUGAAGAGCCCCUUUUCAAUUCUCUUAUGACUGACCUCGGCCAUCCGUUGAUCCAUCUUGCCUACGCGUACGAAAUGUCCAGCCGCGAAGUUGCAAUGGAAGCCCUUGGACUGGUUUCGGUCUGCUACAACACGAUGCACAAGUAUCUUGACAACCCCGUGCUAUCACAAGUCGAGGCAUCCUACCAUUCGACGUCACCAUUCGAGAUCAUCGAGAAAGUCCGAUCUGACAAGAAGCUCGAUGGGCUUUUCGCCACUCCAGGCGACCACAAUCUUGAAAAGCUCUUUGAAAGCCAUGAAGAUAUCCUUCUUAACCACUGGAACGCAUGGAACAUCGAAAAUCCAAUCGAGCAGUUCCGUGAGAGCCAGGAGCUUGCCGCCGCACUGUUUGUCGCCACGCACACUGACUCAACUGAAACAUACGACUUCUUCUUCGUCCACGUACUGACAACCAGCCACGCUGUGCGUGUUCUCUUGCCCUACAUCCCCGCCAAAUUCCAAAUUCCCCUCGUUCGCCAAUGGUGGCUUAUCACGUUGGCGAUUUUCAUCGCGCAGAUGCGCCCGAAGAUCACUAUGGACAAGAUUCGUGGCUAUGAUCUCAAGGGAAGGGAUUGGGCCUGGACUGCGAAGCAAGCUGUUAAGGGGGAACAGUCGACUGAUUCCCAUUAUGUCAAGGCUCUUCGGGCACUGCAGGAAUGUGCAUCCACCUGGACUGAUCAUGACAGCUUUUACUUGAAGGCAGCUGUGAAGUUUGCCGACGAGUUCAGUGGGUGGGGUGGGUUUGUAUGA